AUCCACUUUGUUUGCAGUUCUUCUGCAUUUAGAAGCAUCCAAGAUGGGGCAGAACAGAAUCAGAAUGCUGAGGACUCUUCUCCUUGCCACCUUCUUUCACCUCACACUGGGCAACAGCGUUUUUCUUGAGCAAAAGGAAGCUCUUUCAUUGCUGAGGCACACACGAGCUAACAAGGGGUUCAUGGAAGAGUUACUUAAAGGUAAUCUAGAGCGGGAGUGUCUAGAGGAAACCUGUGUCUAUGAGGAGGCCCGCGAAGCCCUUGAGUCCAACAUCCAAACAGAUAUAUUCUGGGCACAGUAUUCAGUUUGUAGCACUCUAUUGAAAAAGAGAGCAACUCUGGAUGAGUGUUUGAAAGGUUCCUGUGCCCUAGGAAUAGGGCAGAAUUACAGGGGAAAGAUUUCGGUCACCAAAUCAGGAACUGAAUGUCAGUUCUGGUCCAGCAAAUUUCCUCACAAACCUCAGUUCAAUGAAACAACACAUCCAGGUGCCAAUCUCACUGAAAACUACUGUAGGAACCCCAACGACAACUCCCAAGGGCCUUGGUGUUAUACCCGUAAUCCAGCAGUACGAAUAGAAGAAUGUGCUAUUCCUGUGUGUGGUGAGAACCGGACAACAGUUCCCCUCUCUCCAACACUUCCUCAUUUGCAAGACCAAACACAGCAGGAGGAGGAAUGUGUACCUGAGGAAGGGUUGCUCUAUACGGGGACUCUUUCUGUCACAGAGUCUGGAGACCAGUGCUUGCCAUGGGCUUCAGAAAAAGUAAGACAGUUGAGUGAUAGAAAAAACUUCCUGGAAGAAGUGCCCCUGGUGGAGAAUUACUGCCGCAAUCCUGAUCAUGAUGAGGAAGGGGUCUGGUGCUACGUAGACCACCCAAACAUGACCUACAAUUAUUGCAAAUUGAACUACUGUGAAAACAAUCUAAAUUAUGCUGAUGAUGUUGCCGAGGUCCAAAUAGCAGGACGAACUACUAUCCAGCAACAUGAAACUUUCUUUGAUCCUAAGACUUUUGGUGAAGGCGAAGCAGAUUGUGGCGUCCGUCCCUUGUUUGAGAAAAAGAAAAUCUCUGACAGCACAGAGAAUGAGCUACUGGAGUCCUAUUUGCAAGGCCGAAUUGUGAAGGGGGUAGAUGCUGAAGUGGGCAGUGCUCCUUGGCAAGUCAUGCUAUUCAAGAAGAAACCACAGGAGCUGGUAUGUGGUGCUAGUCUCAUCAGCAAUCGCUGGGUCCUCACUGCUGCACAUUGCAUUUUCUAUCCACCCUGGGAUAAAAAUUACACAACCGAUGACCUCCUUGUACGGAUUGGCAAACAUAACAGGAUACGAUAUGAGCAGGGCAAGGAGAAAAUUAUCUUCCUGGAUAAAAUCAUCUUCCACCCCAAAUAUAACUGGAUGGAAAAUCUGGAUCGGGACAUUGCACUAUUACGUCUGUCUAAGCCUGUACCUUUCAGUGAUUAUAUACACCCAAUAUGUUUGCCUACCAAGCAGGUUGUUCAGAGCCUAUUGUUAACAGGAUAUAAAGGCCGUGUUACUGGUUGGGGUAAUCUGUUUGACACCUGGGGCGCAGGGUCACGACAACUGCCCAGCGUGCUGCAGCAGGUGAAUCUCCCCAUUGUGAACCGGGACAUCUGUAAGGCAUCCACUAAUAUUAAAGUCACAGACAACAUGUUCUGUGCAGGUUAUAGUCCUGAAGAAAGCAAGAGAGGAGAUGCUUGUGAGGGUGACAGUGGGGGCCCUUUUGUCAUGAAGCAUCCAACAGAAGAACGGUGGUAUCAAGUAGGUAUUGUCUCCUGGGGAGAAGGUUGUGAUCGUGAUGGCAAAUAUGGAUUCUAUACCCAUCUGUUCCGUCUGAAGAAAUGGAUGCAAAAGAUUAUUGAGAAACAUGGCCAUUAAAUAGGAAUCAAAAUUUGCAUUUGCACCUUGGUUUACGGACAUAGAAUAAUUAAACCGUACAAUACUAAAAGCCUAUGGAUGGAAAUAAAUCAGAGUCAUUCCUGAAUAAAGAUUUUUAGAUAAAA